AUGAGCAAUUAUAUGAAUUUAAAGAAACUAUAAGUUGAAUAAAAAUCUCCUAGACUGUUGAUCUUCCCAAAAUAAAAAUAGAAUUAAGUUAAUAGCAGGGUAGCUAUGAACUAUUUUACAGAAAUGAAAAAGGAACACCAACAAAUUAAUCAAAACAAAUAGGUUUUACCACCUGAAUUCUAUAUUUCUUUAUUAUCGCUAGAACCAAAAUAAUCACAACUACAUACUCCGAACAUAGAGUUAAUACGAACGUUAAUUGACAGCUAUCUUAUUAUUAUUGAGUAACUCUAAGGACAAGAUGGACUAAUGAUUUAUUUUAAGGAUAAAGUUAAUAGUUUGUUAGAACAACCAUAAGUUAGAUAAUGCAUUUAAAAAAGUGAUGAUGCUUAAUUGCAACAAAUGUUAGAGAAAAGUCAAUAAUCAUAUUGCAAGUAAUCAAAUGUGGAAGAGAUGGAAGCAUAUAUGAAUAUGAACAAACCCUAAGUUAGAAACUCUUUAGCUACUUUUUUAACUAUGCAUGAUAGAUUAGAGAAGGAAUAUGACAAGGCCUAACAGAUCUUAUAAGAUUAUGAUGAUCAUGUUGCUCAGUUCGAUGAACUCAUGCAAAAAGAUCUUGAUAAUCAAAAGAAUGCAUUAGAAGAUAGGUUAAAAAAAAGAAGUAUUUUCUUUUAAAUACAUUAUAAUAGAUGAUAUUAAAAAAGGGCAUUCUGCUCAUGAAUAGAGACCUAAUCCUACUAACUAUUGA